UAUAAUCAGUUAUGUCAUGAAAAAAUAUGUAAUUGUACCAAUAAAGAAAGGACAACCGUAAGCUGAUAUAGCUUUCUGUCCAAUUCCUUAAUUAAUGUUUUGUAAAUGUUUCAUGUAUUACUGAAAUAAAAUAUGUUUAAACUAAUGUCUGAGCUAGAUAAAGCAUUACAGUCUGCAGUUGAUGAAAUAGAUACAAAGGAUCGAUUAUGGAGGAUCGCUCAACACAGAAGAAACACCACAAUGAAGCUGGGGAUUUAGAUACCAUUCCUUCAGAAAAGGAUCUAGAUAAGAUUGCACGGGCAAUAGGACGUAAUUGGGAGUUACUUGGCCCUUACCUUGGACUUACUCAAACGGUGAUUGACCAUAUAAAAAUGGACAACGAUACUUCGCAAAAACGGAUAUAUCAAAUGUUAUACAACUGGAGGGAAGAUAACAGACCAAAUGGCACUAAACGAAACCUUUUUACAGCCUUUAGAAAUCAACCUUCCACGACAAUUGACUGGGAAACACUUGGGUUAUCUUUCCCUGAUGCGCCAAAAUACAAGCCAAGAGAAGAAGAAA